CGGCGGCGGCCCGGGAGCGGCGGGCGCUGGAGCGGGGCGGCGGCGGUGCCGCUGCUUCGCGAGAGGAUUCCGGGCGCGCGGCGGUACCGCGGGCAGGUCGCGGUGAGCGCGGCGCCCCCGCCCGACGGGUCCCGCCGCCCGCAGGAGCGGCCGCGCCGGGAGGAGACGCUGUCGCCGCCGACCCGCGGCGCGUCCCUCUCCUUCCUGUGCCGGCGGGGCGAGGGCUGCCCCCUCCUCCGUCAGUCGCGGCAGCGGCAGCAGCAGCAGCAGCAGCAUGAGCGGCGGCGGUGGCGGCCGGAGCGCGGCGACGAGGACACGGCUGGCAGCGCGGCUGCUGGCGGUGCUCGGCUGCGUCCUGACAGCGGAGGCCCAGCUCACAGGAGUCCUGGAUGAUUGUUUAUGUGACAUAGAAAGCAUUGAUGACUUCAAUACUUUCAAGAUCUUUCCCAAAAUACAGAAACUGCAAGAACGUGAUUACUUCAGAUACUACAAGGUCAACUUGAAGAGACCAUGCCCAUUUUGGGCUGACGAUGGCCAUUGUUCUAUCAAAGAUUGUCAUGUAGAGCCUUGUCCUGAGAGCAAAAUACCUGUCGGAAUUAAGGCUGGGAGCUCUAAUAAGUAUUCAAAAGCAGCAAAUAAUUCCAAAGAAUUGGAAGACUGUGAGCAAGCUAACAAGCUGGGAGCAGUUAACAGUACCUUAAGUAACCAAAGUAAGGAGGCUUUCAUUGACUGGGCAAGAUACGAUGAUUCACAGGAUCAUUUUUGUGAACUUGAUGAUGAGAGAUCUCCAGAUGCACAGUAUGUGGAUUUGCUGCUGAAUCCAGAACGUUACACUGGAUACAAGGGGCCUUCUGCUUGGAGAGUGUGGAACAGCAUUUACGAAGAAAACUGCUUCAAGCCUCGAUCUGUCUACCGUCCUUUAAAUCCACUGGCGCCUAGUAGGGGAGGAGAUGAUGGAGAAUCUUUCUACACAUGGCUAGAAGGUCUGUGCCUUGAGAAAAGAGUGUUCUAUAAACUCAUUUCUGGACUCCACGCUAGCAUCAAUUUGCAUCUGUGUGCAAAUUACCUUCUUGAAGAAACGUGGGGGAAGCCCCGCUGGGGACCAAAUGUGAAAGAGUUCACUCGCCGCUUUGACCCUGCUGAAACGAAAGGAGAAGGACCAAGGAGGCUCAAGAACUUGUAUUUCUUAUAUUUGAUAGAGCUGCGUGCUUUGUCAAAGGUCGCGCCAUACUUUGAGCGUGCAGUUGUCGACCUUUACACUGGCAAUGGCCAUGAGGAUGCUGAAUCUAAAGCUCUCUUACUAGAUAUCUUCAGGGAUACCAAGUCCUUCCAUAUGCACUUUGAUGAAAAGUCCAUGUUUGCUGGAGAUAAAAAAGGAGCCAAGUCACUAAAGGAAGAAUUCAGAUUGCAUUUCAAGAACAUCUCCCGCAUAAUGGACUGUGUUGGAUGUGACAAAUGCAGGCUGUGGGGCAAGCUGCAGACUCAAGGUUUAGGAACUGCUCUGAAGAUCUUGUUUUCUGAGAAGGAAAUACAGAGCCUUCCUGAGAAUAGCCCAUCAAAAGGUUUUCAGCUCACACGGCAAGAAAUAGUUGCCCUUGUAAAUGCCUUUGGAAGGCUUUCCACAAGUAUAAAAGAGUUGCAGAAUUUUAAAGUUUUAUUACAACAAACUAGGUAAUGAAGGUCUUUGCACAACCUGUUAGUGAAGAUCAUUUACAUGACUGCAUCGAGCAGAAGGAACUGAUCUUUACAGGACUCACAUGAACUGAUAAAAAUUAAAAUCAAAUCCCAACUUGAAUAUUUAUGUUUAAACUAGGAAUGGUUGUUAAUUAGAAAAUAUAUUUAUGAAUGAAAUAUAUGGUUUUUAAAUGUGUAAAUUAUGCUGAUCUGUUUAUUUUUUAAGUUUUCUGCUCACAGUUCAGUUGUACUGAAACUUCAUAAAUUUUCUUAUUUCCUUGUCUUUCUGAGACAGCUAUUUUAUAUGAAAACAUAUGUUCCUCCACCCUGACUUGGCCUGUCUGGAAAGAGGGGAGUCACUACUUGUGUUGUCUCCAUUUACUGAGCUGCAGUGUAUUCUGAGGAUUUGGUAUAUUAGUUCUAACUGUCAAAAGGAAGCAGGGGGAACAACCUCCAAAGAAAGAAAAAAUAACAGCAACAAAAAAAACCAAACCACAAAAUGGAAAUAAGGCUCUUGCUGAGUUUUAUCUUCUUACUGUAAUAAUGAAACUUACUUAAAAAUAGCAAAUUAACUGGGCAGAAAAUUUUUUCAUGCUGGGCUUCUUUGCAUCAUGGUGAUACCAACAUUUUUUUACCCUUGUCUUGUGCUUUUCAGCACUUUUUUUUUUUUUAAUUACUACCUUGUCUCUGCAACAGAGGUACUUUUCUGCAGCCGCUUGCCUGCAUUUACUCAAGGCAGGGGUCAGGACAGGGGGAGAUGGUUAGUGGAGUGCUGCUAGCUGAAAAACCUCAGUCAAUCAAAUUUAUGUUUACUCCAUCUUAUCUAGAUUGUAAUCACAAGUUCAGUUUCCAAAAGUUGUCUUUUCAGUGUCUUAAAUGUUAAAAUAGCACACUUUGGUCUUCGAGCCAUGGAAAUGAAUUUGCUCUUUAUGAGUUAUGUUUGAGUGCUAUGUUAAAAGGUCAGUGUAAAAAUAACUUGCUUUUGUAGUCACUUUUAAAAAAGAUGCUUUUUAAAACUCAUAAUCAUACUGACAUUUAAUACCACAUACUCUAUCUAUGCAAACCCUUACUGUAUCUUCUUUAGAAGGAUAUUCAGCAUUAAAAAACGGGUAUGUUAAUAACAUUACUUUCGUAAAAUAAGAAAUUUCUCAUGUAUCAUUGUUCAGAAAUGUCAGUGAUAAUUUACUGGUGUCAAAACCGAAUUCAGAAACAGCGUUAUCAUUCGUAGCAACCAAAUAUUGGUUUAAAUUUAAAAUGAAGUAAUAAUUUCUUUUAAACCAGCAUGUUUAAAAAUGAAGUUAGGUGUUAUGAAUGUAGGAAGUGCUGGUGCAGUGUAGAUACAUCUCUUGUUUUUAAAAACAAGUUUUCACAAAAUUAAGUGCUCUUAAACAUUUUUCACCCUAUUACUGAGUGACCUAUUUAUAUAGAUUGUAACUGUAUUGGCUUCCAUAAUGUGUUCCUUUACCACUGAAAUUUUCUGAAGGCUGGAAUACACUCUGUCCUUUGUUUCCAGACUAGCCUCAAAUUUCUACCUGACUGGAAAUGAAAUAGACUAUUCUGCUGACACUUGGCUUUUAUAAAAAAAUGCUGUUGCUUAAGAAAUUUAACCCCUUUGUGUCAAACUGGGAUAGUCUAAAUGAAAUAUUGAAAAAUAGAAAGGGAAACAAAAGAAAACAAACAAAAAACCAAACUAAACAAACAAAAAAAAAAUCCAAACCACCCUUAGAAAGUUUUGGUGAUAGUUGCACAAAUUAGCGGUGAACUGGUAUCCCAGUGGAAGUUUCUGUUUAACCUUACAGGUAACUGGACAUGGCAUUAGAGGAAGCUGAUGCCAGUUUGGGGUUUUCUGUUUUUCCCUAGUAGCCUCUCUGGCCUGUGGGCACCUGUGUCUGAGCAAGUCAUCACAGGCUUUCUUUUUCCAGUUAAGCAGAAGAGCAGGAAGUUUCUAGGUGGAUUCAUCUGGCCUCUUCCAAGCUCUGUAUUUUCACCCUUAGAGUUUAUUUUUCUCUAUUAAAUUGAAGUGGGACUCCAGGUAAGUAGCUCAAAUGUGAACAGCUGUGUUUGGCAGAUGCAUUACACAUGGAGCAGCCAAAUUUUCUGAGUAAUUGUGUAUAUCGAAAGUGUAAUUUUAAAUUGGCUGUUAAUUCUUUGCCUUUUGGAUAGAUCUGCAAGGGCUAGAACUGUAGGCUUACUUGUGUAAGGAGUGCUGUAUAACUGGGAUUUAUCUGUAUUGUUGUGUAUUAUAGUGCCUAAAGCUUUAGGCAGGAUUUUCUAGUUAAAAUAAAAAACAAAACUGUAUGACUGCACUGCCCCAGGAAGGACCUAAGUCUCAGAAACGUUUCUUCCUCUUUUCCCCUUGCUGUGUGGGGAAAGUGAAUUGCUUCCAGCCUCCUCCUGGGGAUGCAACUUCCUAUUUUUUUUUUUUUUUUUUCCACCUGUGCCUGGCUAAAAUCAACAGACACUGAAGCAGAAUCAUGCACUUGCUCAUGGGACAGGUGACAGAUUCAGGCAUGCAGAUCCUGGACACCUGGUCCUUGCAGCCCUCAUUGGCACAAGGUUAGUAUUGUUGGGUAAGGACAUAAAGAGAUAUGAAGCUUUUCUUCUUCUCCUUUGUGUCAUGGGAACACAGGAAUGCAACUGAGCAGCAAACUGUGUGUGUAAGUUCUGUUGCACCUGAAGGGUACAUCUCCUGAUGAUCAAAUAUGGAAGGCAUUUCACUUCACUGUCAUUGUAGAGAUAGGACAUAAGAUUUUUCCUGUAACAAAUCUAGUUGAAACAAUUUUCCUGUCACCAUCUUUUUUACUGUAUCUGAUGUACAUUCUGUGACUAUGCUGCCUAUGAAGUUUUGCUGUGAGUUGGAUGACUUAGUUCUUUAUAUGUUAAAUUUUAAAAAUUUACAGCUCUGUUUUUAUACUAAAGAAUAAGGUUAGUUAAACCGUCCAUGUCCUGUAAGCUAUUUUAAAUUCCAGCUCCCUGUUGGAGAUCAGCUUGUCAACACUGUCUGCCAUUCAUUUCAGAGUAACAGUACAUUUUCUUGUACAAAUGACACAAUGAUUGUAAUCCCAGAGGUAGUGAGAAGACAAAGACAAAAACAUUUAAUUGUUCCCAGGUCAUGAAGAGCUUGUGUGAAAUGGUGAAAAAAGACUUGGUGCAAACUGCAUUGGUAAAAGUAGGGCACUGUUGCUGAAUAACUUGUUCUUUAGUGCCUGAGGAGGUAGGUCAGAAUAUCAAUUUAAAACAAUGAAAUAAAGAGACUCGUGUAAGCUGGAAUAAUAAGUGUUUUCCUAGUUUUCAGCUGAUGAUCUGUGCUGUCAUUGUAUGUGCAUGAAAUACACUGUGCCACAUUUUCUUGAAUUGUGUUUGAUGGUUGGGUUGCCUUUAUUAUCUGACCUUGUUUUGUGCUUUUCUGGGAAAUGACCUGUAAUAUGUUGUAAAUAAUCUCGAUGCUCAUGUUUAUAAAGUAGCAAUCAGCAAUUCAUUAUUUGACAAUUUCUUCUUAUAGCUAUCCUAUUAAAAAUGUAAUAUUUAUUAAAAUCAAAAUCAAUGUUGGAACUGCUUAUUGAGAUCUAAACACUUCUGAAUCUUUGUUAUGUUUGAAUCUACAAAAUGCAAAUUAAAGUAUUUUCUGCUACACCUU